AUGGGAUCAUCAGCCUAUUCCCCUUUGGAUCGAUUCAUCCGAGCAAACCCACACAGGAAGAUUGGAAUCAGGAGGAGGAAUCAUGAAAAGCCAUACAGCACUGAAGAUGAGCUGGAAGUACCUCAGUUGUGCUGGCUUACUGUAACAAUUAUAAGCAUGAGAAAUGUCCGCAAAGCAGAUUCGUGGAGCCAAACUGAUUGCUAUGUCAAGCUGUGGCUGCCAACAGCUUCACGUCAGGAGGCCAGGACGAGAACUGUACGCAACUGCAGAAAUCCUGUCUGGAAUGAAACUUUCCACUUCGUGAUACAAAGUGAAGUGAAGAACAUCCUGGAGAUGACAGUCUGUGAUGAGGAUACUUUUACACCAGAUGAUCAGCUUAUGACUGUUCGCUUUGAUGUAGCUAAAAUCCAACCUGGAGAAAAAAUGCACUUGAAUUUUGAGUUGAAUACAGAGAACCAGGAAGAAUUAGAAGUGGAAUUUCUACUGGAAAACAUCCCAGGUGUAUCUGAGAAGAUCAUUACUAAUGGCGUACUAGUGUCUCGCGAAGUUUCCUGUUUGGAAGUACAUGUGAAUGAAACAAAAAUGAAGCAGUCUUACAUGGGGAGAGAUUUCACGUUCACAAUGAAAGGAUCCUAUGAAGAAACCCAGGACGUUUCCAUAGGUUCUCACUCCAGAUGGGGAAGCGGUGAAACCACGAGGUUCCACUAUAUCAAGCAUAGUCAACCCCGACUGCUCAUGACACUGCCAAAGGAACAUGUUUUCUGUUGUCAUGGCUCAUCUAAAAGGGAAAUGGCUGUGCCUCUCCAUUCCCUCGACUUGGGAAAGAAAGUGACAAUCAAGAGAGGGGAAUCUUAUGAGGUGUCUGUGAAUGAGGAAAAUAGUUGCAAAAAUUUAGAUUUGCGGUUGGGGUUUGAUCUAUGCGUAGAGGAGCAGGAUUUCAUCUGUAAAAGGAAGAAAGUGGUUGCUGCUGCUCUGAAAAAUGUUCUUCAUCUAGAUGAAGACCUGCAGGAGGAUGAGCAGGUGCCAGUGGUGGCAGUCGUGACCGCAGCAGGGGGAGUGAGAUCCAUGACAGCUAUGUUUGGCAGUCUUCUGGCUCUCCAGGAGUUAGGUGUUUUGGACUGUGUCUCCUACAUCAGUGGUUUAUCUGCCACAACCUGGACCAUGUCUAAGUUAUAUGAAGAUGCAAACUGGUCACAGAAGGAUCUCAGAGGGCCAAUUAAUGAUAUCAGGAAAUGUGUGAUCAAGAGCAAGCUGCACUGUUUCUCACUGGAUCAUAUGAAAUACUAUGAAAAUGAGCUUUGUGAGAGAAAGCAAGAGGGCCAUAAGCUGUCCUUUACAGAUUUAUGGGGACUCUUCAUUAAUUGUAUGCUACAUCAUCAGGAAAGUACUCAAAAACUCUCAGAUCAGCAACUAGCAGUAAAUAUGGGGCAGAAUCCACUGCCUGUAUACCUGUCCCUCAAUGUCAAGGAUAACUUUAGCACUUUGGAUUUUAAAGAGUGGGUGGAGUUCACACCUUACGAGGUGGGUCUUCUGAAAUAUGGGGCCUUUGUUCGUUCAGAAGAUUUUGGUAGUGAGUUCUUCAUGGGUCACCGGAUGAAGAAGAUCCCAGAGUCGCACAUCUGCUUCUUGGAAGGCACGUGGAGUAAUAUAUUUUCCCAGAAUUUUAUGGAUGCUGUCUACCUCUCGGGCCAUUCAGAGGACAUCUGGCACAGAUGGACCCGAGACACUGAGCAUGACAUUGAGGAACACCCUGCUCUGCCCAAGAAGCCUCAUGAACAAACAACUUGUUUAUCAAUUCCCAAAGGUUACUGUUCUAAUACUCUUCGAGAAAUGAUGACUGGACGACCAGUUGUUUCAACUUACCAUAAUUUCCUCAAGGGUUUGCAGCUACACAAAAAAUAUUUAGAGAAUGAGAGCUUUUGCAUAUGGAAAGAUACAGUGCUGGAUUCUUCUCCCAACCAGCUAAAUGAAAUGGGUGACUACCUCAAACUGAUAGAUACAGCUUUCUUCAUCAACACCAGCUGCCCACCCAUUCUGAGGCCAGAGAGAAAAGUGGACGUCAUUCUGCAUUUAAAUUACAGUGGAGGAUCACAGACUCUGCCACUGGACCUAUUCUCAGAGUACUGUUUGGAGCAUGGGAUCCCAUUCCCCAGCACAGAGCUGAGCCAGGAAGACCGCGAACAUCUGAAGGAAUGCUAUGUAUUUGAGGAUAGCUUAGAGGCACCAAUUUUGGCCUUUUUUCCACUGGUGUGUGAUACUUUCAAAAAAUACAAGGCACCAAAUGUGGAGCGCAGUCCCACAGAGAUGGAGCAGGGAAGAGUAGACGUGUCCAAUUGUACUGCUCCCUAUGGCACUGGUCUGCUUACAUAUAGCGAAGAGAAUUUCGAUAAGCUGCUUAACCUGUGCUGCUACAACAUCCUGAAUAAUAAACACUUAAUUCUUCAGGCUUUGCAAACUGCAGUGGAACGAAAGAAGCGAUUUAAAAACUAUUCAUCACCUCAUUCAUGCAAAUUCUCUUAA